GUGGGCAGCGGGGGUGAUAAGCCCUUUCGUGUUUUCGGGAUGGUAAGUUUGGGGCACAGGUGAGUGAAGACCGAAGGCCAGGGGUGGACUGACACUUCGUGGUAGGCGCAGGCCAGGGCAGGGGGGCGGCUUGGGGGUGGCAGGGUUUGGGUGAGAAAUGGCAGCACAUGGGGAACGAACGCAGGGCUCGGGGGCCUUCAGAGCCAAGCCCCGACGCCCCUUCCCACCUGCGGGGCAGAACUGGAGACGGCAGGGGGAAAGGUUAGGGAGGGUGGUUCCUAAAGGAGAUGCCAUCCCUGGUAAGGGGACACGGGCCCCUGGGAGUUGGGUUGGGCCACAAGGAGAGGCCUGAAUGGCCAAAGGGAGGAGGUGUGCGGGAAGCCGCAGCGUCAGACCUCUGCCUACUCCCUCAGAUCGUGAGGCUCCCCAGCCUGGCUCGGGGGACCCCGAGAUCCCCGGCCGGCGACAGCAGGCGGAUCAGACCCCCUGCUCCUGUCCGCCUCUGGGUCCCUACAGACAUGGGGAGGGGAGGACGGAGGCCCCAGCUCCCUGCGGGGGAGGGGCGUGAAGACGCGCGAGGUUCGGGGGAGAUGAGCCGGCGUCGCCAUGACAACUGGGCUGGUGGUCCGGCCCUGGGGACCCGGGAGGGAAGGAGGAGUAGUGGCCACACGCGCUGGCGGGGGCGGGGGCCCGGGUCUCCCAGGAGUACUUGGGGAACACCCGGCAAUUCUGGCGGCUGCUUCCUGGUGGCGCAGGGAGCCCGCGUGUUUGCGAGUGCGUGUGCGUGCGAAGUUCUCCGGCCAGGGGUGCUGCAUGAGGGGCCGCAGGGGCGACCGCAUGACCAUCAACAUCCAGGAGCACAUGGCCAUCAACGUGUGCCCCGGGCCCAUCCGGCCCAUCCGCCAGAUCUCUGACUACUUCCCCCGCCGGGGACCAGGACCUGAAGGGGGCGGCGGCGGCGGCGGCGGGGAGGCCCCCACCCAUCUGGCCCCCCUGGCUCUGGCCCCCCCUGCAGCCCUCCUUGGGGCCGCCACGCCUGAGGAUGGUGCGGAAGUGGACAGCUAUGACUCGGAUGAUGCCACCGCCCUGGGCAUGCUGGAGUUUGACCUUCUCUAUGACCGGGCCUCCUGCACUCUGCAUUGUAGCAUCCUCAGGGCCAAGGGCCUCAAGCCCAUGGAUUUCAAUGGCCUCGCCGACCCCUACGUCAAGCUGCACCUGCUGCCUGGAGCCUGUAAGGCUAAUAAGCUAAAAACGAAGACUCAGAGGAACACACUGAAUCCCGUGUGGAAUGAGGACCUGACGUACAGCGGGAUCACGGAUGAUGAUAUCACGCACAAGGUGCUCAGGAUUGCCGUCUGUGAUGAGGACAAGCUGAGUCACAAUGAGUUUAUUGGGGAGAUCCGCGUGCCCCUCCGCCGCCUGAAGCCUUCGCAGAAGAAACAUUUUAACAUCUGCCUCGAGCGCCAGGUCCCGCUGGCAUCCCCCUCUUCCAUGUCGGCGGCGCUGAGGGGCAUCUCCUGUUACCUGAAGGAGUUGGAGCAGGCGGAGCAGGGGCCAGGGCUGCUGGAGGAGCGCGGCCGCAUCCUGCUGAGUCUCAGCUACAGCUCACGGCGCCGGGGACUGCUGGUAGGCAUCUUGCGCUGCGCCCAUCUGGCUGCCAUGGACGUCAACGGUUACUCGGACCCCUACGUCAAGACGUACCUGAGGCCUGAUGUGGACAAGAAAUCCAAGCAUAAGACAUGCGUGAAGAAGAAGACUCUCAACCCAGAAUUUAACGAGGAGUUUUUCUACGAGAUAGAGCUCUCCACUUUGGCCACCAAGACCCUGGAAGUCACCGUCUGGGACUAUGACAUUGGCAAAUCCAAUGACUUCAUCGGUGGCGUGUCCCUGGGGUCAGGUGCCCGAGGCGAGGCUCGGAAGCACUGGAGUGACUGCCUGCAGCAGCCGGAUGCAGCCCUGGAGCGCUGGCACGCCCUGACCAGCGAGCUGCCCCCCGCAGCUGGGGCUCUGUCCUCAGCCUGAGUGGACAGCAGUGUCCUGGCACAGCCCUAUCGGGCCGGGUGCAGUACCCAACCUUCGCACGAGUGUGUUGCACGUUUACACGGGGUGGGCUGCCCCCACCCUGCACUACCUGUCUUAUUUUUGUGAAUCUCCGUGACCUGGGUCUGUCUGCUCGUGAGGGGCUGUGGAGUUCUAUAUUCAUAUAUGCAAACCUCCUGCCUGACUCGCUAGUCCCUGCAAAUAUGCAAAGCUCCCCUCCUCUGCACACCCGGGCAGUGCUGAGCCCGGCCCCAGGCCCCCACGCUCCUCGCUCCUGCCUCUCCACGCUGCCCCGUCCCUCUCCCCCCACAGGGAGGAGGUCGGAUUAGGGGAGGUUCAGAGGAGGAGAAUGCCUCAGAAAAAGAGAAAAGGACAAAAAACACACCCAGAGCCACUCCUUUAAUACAGAAACUUCAUUGCAAAAACCUAGCCCUGUACAGCUGCCCUUUUAAAGGGGUGGCCAUCACAGGGUCUCUGCCUCCCCAGCAGGGGGCAGAUGCUCCCGGCCACUCGUUUAAAUAACUGUCCCCUGGAGGGGGCCAGAGUUUGAAGGCAGGGCCCUUGCCACCCUCCUGGGGGACACCCGUGCAUGUUUACGCCUUUUCUGGUUGUGUCAGUGGCCGGAGCAUGGCAGCUGGGCGUCAAUAAACACCUCCGAGGAA